AUGACAGAAGAGAGGAAGAAGAUGGGAAGAGGAAAGAUAGAGAUAAAGAGGAUAGAGAAUUUGAACAGCAGACAAGUUACUUUCUCAAAACGUCGCAAUGGGUUGCUGAAGAAAGCUAAGGAAUUGUCUGUUCUCUGCGAUGCUGAAGUUGCUGUUAUAGUCUUCUCUAGCACAGGCAAGCUCUAUGAAUUCUCCAGCACUAGCAUGGAAAACACUCUCUCAAGGUACAACAAAGGCUUGGAAUUUGAAUGCCUUGAACAUUCUCCUGAUGAAUUUGCAAUAGAGAAUACACAAAGUGCAGAAGUGAGGGCACUGAAAGAUGAAGUUUCCAAGCUACGGUUGACAUGCUCGCAAAUGAUGGGUCAACAACUAGAUGGCCUCAGCUUGAAAGACCUUCAACACCUAGAACAUCAAUUAAGUGAAGGGAUGCUCUCUGUUAAGGAUAAGAAGGAAAAAGUUCUUUUGGAGCAGCUUAGAAUCUCUAAAUUGCAGGAGCAGAUGGCCAUCCAAGAGAAUGAAACGUUGAGGAAACAGGUGGAGAGGCUUGAACGAAGUUCAUCAUUGUCAAAAUCAGAAUUUCUGGAAUUUAAUCCAUUAGAAAGGAGAUUAUCUGUUGCAAGAACAACCAAAACUAUUAGCUAUGGUCUAAUAGAAAAUGAAGAAGAAGAAGAAGAUCUAUCAGAGACUUCACUGCAAUUGGGGUUGUCUUGUAACGUUAACAGGAAGAGGAAAGCAAGCAAAAUUGAAUCCAUGAACAAUGAUUCAGGGAGUCAAGUGGCCUCAGAGUGA